AUGGAUACAAAUAUAAUGAUUGACUUUGCUAAAUCUUUAAAUUUUACUAAUUAUGAUUGCAUAGACAGGGAAGGACUUGCCGGUGGUCUCCUCUUAUUAUGGAAGGAAGGUUUUCAAUGUUCUGUCCAUGAAAAAUCAAAUAAUAUCAUUAAUGUCCUUUCUAGUUUACAUCCUGCAAAACAAAAUGUCUUAAUCUCUUUCAUGCAUGGCUCUACCUACUCUGAUAUUAAGAAAAUACAAUGGGAUGUCAUGUCUAGUAUUAGUGAUAACAUUAUGCAACCUUGGAUUGUAAUUGGAGACCUUAAUGUUCACCUUCAUACUUUGGAUUCUCAACAAAAAAUAAAUGAAUGUGGUCUAAUGGAUUUAGGUUAUAUUGGUAGAGAUUUUACUCGGUCUAGUAAUAAGAUUGGCACUGGAAUUAGAACUUCUAGAAUUGACAUGGCUUUGGGUAAUCAACAGUGGUGUUCUGAUUUCCCUAAUGCCAGAUUGUAUCAUCUUGUUCAAGCUGGGUAUGAUCACUAUCCUAUAAUGCUACAAACUGAUAAAACCACUAAAAAUAUAUGGAUACCUUUUAAAUUCUUUGCUAUGUGGCUUAAACAUGCUGGAUUUAAAAAUCAACUGAAAAUUGCUUGGAAUACUAAUACUAGAGGUUCUCCUGGUCAUAUAUUGAUUGAAAAACAUAUCUCUACUAGAAAAAGGCUUUCUUGUUGGAAUAAGAUUGACUUUGGUGAUAUUGAUAGUAAUAUUAAUGCUCUUCAUGAUCAACUCCUUAAACUUCAGAAUGAACCAGUCUCUAUUACUCAGCAUAACUGUCUUAAUGAUACCAAUAAGCAACUAGAAAUGUGGUUUGAUAUUAAAACUGAAUUCUAUAAGCAAAAAUCUGGAGAUAAAUUUGUAGUUGAUAUGGAUAAUAAUUCUAGAUAUUUUCACACUCUAGCUAAUAGAAGAAUGUUUAGGAAAAACAUUGAUUGCUUAUAUGAUGUUCAUGGUACUUGGUAUGAUAAUAGAAAGGAUAUUGCUAACAUCCUUAUUUCUCACUUUAGCUCAGUUAGUUGCUCUGUUAUAAAUCAAAUACAUGAUGAGGUUUUUGAUAUUAUUCCCACUGUCAUUACUAAUGAGUUAUCUGAGUUUUUUACCAGAAUUUCAACUGUUGAUGAUGUUUUUCAAAUAGUGAAAGAUAUGGCCUCUUGGUGUUCCCCAGGCCUACAUGGCUUUCAAGCUGGUUUCUACCAUGUUAAUUGGGACAUUGUUGGUAAUGAUAUAGUUCAGGCUGUUCAGAGUUUCUUUAUUUCUGGUUACAUGCCUAGGGAGUUUAAUAAGACUUACCUUUCUUUGAUUCCUAAAACUGAUAAGGCCAAUUAUCCUACUGAUGUUAGACCUAUAGGCUUAUGCAAUACUAUCUAUAAAAUUAUCUCUAAAAUCCUUGCAAAUAGAAUAAAACCUUAUCUAAAAAAGAUUAUCUCACCUUUUCAAUCAGCUUUUGUCCUAGGUAGAGCUAUACAAGAUAAUAUAAUAAUUGCUCAUGAAAUGAUUCAUACAAUGAAACAUAAAGAAGGUAACACUGGUAGUAUGGAUCUGAAAUUGGAUUUAUCCAAAGCUUUUGAUAUGUUAGAAUGGCCUUUUAUUUUAGGAAUGCUCAAAAAACUUGGUUUUCCUGAGAAAUUCUGUAAGUACAUUGAACAAUGUAUUUCUACAACAUAA